CCCGCCCGUAACUACAUCCUAACAGUAGCAACCCAACGAUAUACGAAUUGUCUUCCGAACGUUGGUCCCCGGUACAGAAGUGUGGAGAGGGUCAUAUUGUGCGUUAUUUCAAUGUUGGCAGGACUUAACCUAGAGAGUAGCGUGGAUAUCGAUUGCUGCAAGUUGUACCCAGAAAACAAAAGGGAGUAUAAGCGUCAAGUACGAAAGAUGGACAUGAAGUAGCUUGGUAUUGAGGCCCGAGAGGCACCCAGAAUACCAGAGAUUUUUAUCCGUGAUUCCUGUGGUCUUACACGGUCUUGUCGUACUAUAACGUAUACCAAAUGGGCUGUGUCAAAUUUGUUAUAAGUGUAAGUGGAACGUGUCAGCGGAGCCGCGGGCGCCAUCGAUCAUGCGUCACAAAGCAUGCAGAUUUCUAUAUGGGUGUGCCGGUAAGCGGGUUUGAUCCAGCGUUUCACCAAAACGAAUCCUGUCUUUAGCUGCUAAGACAUUCUCCGCCCAGCCAAAGUCUGUUCCAGAUCCCAGCACGCGCGCGUCUUCCCAAAGGAUAAGUGGCUUCACCUAUUGCGUAGUGAGCACCGAACACAUCCACCAAUAUCUCUUCAAGAACUGCGGUGACAGACCAGCAGUUUCCCUUCUGGUUGUC